CAUACGGUUUAUCUUGGUCACGAUUAUCGCGCGGUAAAUACGAAUUUUCGUGAACCGAAAUUAAUUUAUUAAUUAUACGAAAAUAUUAUUAAAAAUAAAUUGGUUAAAUUAAAAAUAAAAGUGUAUGUAAAUAGAAGUAAAAUAAUGCGUGUGAUUUAAUAAAUAGAGAGUGAAGUUUUUAAACUUUUGGUGAAUUUUGAAACAAUUUUGUAACCAUGUUUCGUUAUUUUUUAUUUGUCCUGUUUGGGAGCAAUGUGCUUGGAAGCUAUAUUGAAUUAAAUGAAACACUUCUUACAACAAUACCACCGCUAUACGAUCUGGACGAAUGGUCGUCCUGCCAACGCCCCAUGGAUAGGUACUGCAUGGUGGACGCCGCUCUGGUUUCCAAGACGCCGUCACCGCUACUGGAUUUAUUGAAGGAUUACUCGUCCCAGUCACUAAAACACUUCAACAGAAGCCAAGUCCACAGAGGCGUGUGUGUGUCCCGUUGUCUCAGUAAUGCGUCUGACUGGCGAGACGCCGCGCAGCACUGCGUCAACCAGAGCGUACUUAGUUAUGGUUUGGAGGCGGAAGUAGUAUCAGCAGAAUGGUGCAGCAUAGCCGGUGAUGAUGAAUCGUCAGCCACGUCGCGCGCACUUGGCGUGGUGAUGAUCGCACUGCUGAUGAUGACUUGCCUGGCCACUGGCCUGAACGUGCUGGGCGAUAGGUGCGGCAAGUGUGAUGGUAACAGAUUCCUAAUGGCAUUUUCUUUGAAAAAGAAUUGGGAGAUUCUUACUUACGAUAGAUCGAAACCCAGACAGGAGCAGAGGAUGAAAGAUUUAACCUGCUUGGAGGGAAUCAGGUUCAUUGGCAUGCAAUGUGUGAUGUUUGCACACGUCAUUCUGAUUUACGUUUAUUCUUAUAUUGACAACCCUGAGUUUAUAGAAAAGAUAUACGAUCAGCUGAUAUGGAAGAUAGUUCUGAACUCACCAGUGUGGCUUCAAGCAUUUUUCUCAAUUUCUGGUUUUUUGACCGCAUAUGUGAUUCUCGUAGUGACUGAGAAAAAACCGUUGACGUUCCUAAAAUGUUUGCUUGGCAUUUUUAAUCGAUGGAUAAGACUCACCCCCAUCGCCGCGUUCGCGCUGGCGUUCACGAUCGCGUGGUACCCGCAGCUGGGCAGCGGGCCGCAGUGGUCGUGGGUGGUGCGGCGCGAGGCGCACGACUGCGCGGCGCGCUGGUGGCACCACCUGCUCUACGUGCACAACCACCUGCCGCUCGGCAAGUUCUGCAUGGGGCACACGUGGUAUCUAGCAGUGGACAUGCAGUUCCACGUGCUGGGCAUGCUCCUCAUGUUCGUGCUGGUUCGCUACCGACGCGCAGUAACGCCGGUGUUGUUGGUUCUGAUGCUGGGCUCCGUGCUGGCUGCGGGAUGUGUCACUUACUUCUAUGAGCUGUCGCCGAUUGUGACUGCGCAGUCACCUGAAGACCUCCGCACGAUGUUCCUGAACUCCCGCAUCCUGCCGCUCCUGUACCUGCCCAGUUGGAUGAACCUGCCGGGCUACGUGUGUGGACUCGCCACUGCCUUCAUCUUCUACCACACGCAGCAGAAUGGGAUCAAGCUUAGUGAGAAGAAGUACUACAUACACUUCGAAAACGUCUGGUCUCUUCGAAUGAAUUUGCGAUUGCGUCUAAAUAAGCGACUGUUUGAUAUAGAUUUACGUUUUUCAUUUUUGACAAUCUUUCUAUUGCAGUGGUUUCGAACACUCUUCCACCUGUCUCUACAUCUCGGCAGUAUUGUAGGACUAUGCGGCACUGUGUUCCUAUCAGAUAUCGCAACUACAUCAUUCACAUCAAGUGCAACAAGUGUUGCUAAUGCAACAAGUGUUGUUAAUGCAACAAGUGUUGUUAAUGCAACGAAUGUUGUUGCAAAUGUUGCUGGUGGAACAACUACAGCACGUAUUCUAGGAGCUAUAUACGCGUCGCUCGAUCGACCGCUUAUAGCGAUGUUUUAUAGUAUCUUCAUGUUGGGAUUGUUCGCUAAGUGCCCGUCGGGAGUCCUUAAGAUAUUAAAUUGGCGAGGUUUCCACAUACUCGGACGUCUAUCAUACUGCGCCUUCGUCAUUCAUUUCAUCAUUAUCCGUUUCGCCGUUGCAAGUAACACGCAACUCGGACAUGCGUCUCUCUUCUCGAUGAUAUCUCUCCUAAUAGUAGGUUCUGUGGUCACAUACAUAGUGUGUAUCCCGGUUUGCCUCAUCAUCGAGUUACCCGUUAUACAACUAUGGAAGGCGCUCACUGAAGCUCCAGAAGCGGACCCACCGGCUAAUAAGUUCGAUUUAGUUUCUGGGAUUAGUAGACGGAAUGUGUGAGUUGAGGGGUUGUGAGUUUGUGAGUGUGUGAGUUAGUGAGUGAGUGGGUUUAUGAGUGUGCAAGUUUGUGAGUUUCUUUUGGUGUAAGUAUAUUAGAUUUUGGAAAAUGUCCGUACCUAAUUUUAGUAAUUUUAACGUCACUUGUUUAAACCAUAUUUCUCUGAUAAAUUAUGUCGGAGAAAUGAAAUGAACGUCUUUAGGCUAGGCCACACUGCAAAAUAUUGGACAAUACGUACCUUGGUUGGUACUAUUACGCAUGUGUUUAAUUAUUUUGUAAAUAUCUACGUAACACUAUAGGUAUGUUUAAAACUAGAUGUUGACCGCGUCUUCGUCUACGAUUCCGUCGUGUUUUGGUGGUUCUUUAGAAAGGACAAAAAAAAUGACUUUACAGUCAAUCAAUAAAAUAACUCAGGCCCCGGAACCACAGGCACAAUAGAAAAUCUAUUGUGUCUGGGAUAGAUCGGGCCGCUUGGGGCUCAAUGGGUUAAUACAGUAAUUGUUAGAUAGAACAACAAAAUUUUGUCUGCGAUUUUUCACAUAGGUAUACUCUCUAGUGUUUAAUUUAUAGAAUUUUAUAUUUUCUUGAUAAGUUUAAUAUUUCCAGUCAUUGGUGUAAGUUUCUGCUUUAAUACUACCUCAGGCUGGUUGCAGAGCUUCACCAACCAUCAGUGCGUACGUCAGUCGCGCUUGUCAUAUGUAUGGAAAUUUAUAAAACCGUUCAUAGCUAGACCGACCAUACG